AUGCCCGAACGGACGGUUCUUCGCAAAGAUCAAUUGGAGAUCAGCCUGCACAAUGAGCAAAAGCUGAUCAAGGAGGGUACCAUCAAGGAUGAUAACCCUCUGGAUCUGAGUGAGCCGUUCCGGGAGCUCUGCAAUGCUUGCCGUAAGGGGGACCUCAAAGUUUGUCAGGAGAAGAUCACUGAAGGGGUCAAUAUCAAUGCUCGGGAUCCCUAUGACUACACCCCCUUGAUUCUGCUACUGCUCGAAUCUGGUGCAUUGUGCGAGCGAGAUACCUUCCAGGGAGAAAGAUGUCUAUAUAACGCCUUGAACGACCGCAUACGAAACUUACUUCUAGAGUAUGACUACUCUAAAUCAACCGAUCCCCUUCAGCCUCUCGCAGCCCACAUCUCCUCUCUCCUCACCCGCGAUCAACCGAAAACAUCCGACAUUGUGGUAACAGCCUCGGAGGAAUCCCUCUACCUACACAAAUUCAUAUUGGCGGCGCGGUCACCCUACUUUCAAAAUAAACUGGCUACGGCCCCGGAGACUACAACAUGGAAACUCCCCAGUAUGAUCCCACCCCAAGCUUUCGGCGCGGCGAUCAAAUAUCUGUAUCUUGGAGAAGCUCCUCGGGAGCUGCGGAGUGGACCGGGCACCGGGUUCACUGAGACUGAGGUCUUUGCUGGGCUUGAUAAAAUCGCCAAGCAUCUGGAAAUCCAAACUCUUGUUGACAGUAUCAUCGACAGUGGGGAUAGACGCCUGGCACGGCAGAGGCGAACAAUGGAAAUUGCUAAGGGAAGAGAUCAAUUGGAGGGGUGGUUCAGAGAGAACGUGCUUCGCAAUAAAAUGGUCGUCGAUACGUCCAAGGUUGAUGAUGUGAAAUGGGAUCGCGACAAUGCAAUAUUCGCCGACGUUCUGCUCCGUGCGGACGAGCUACCGGAUGAGGACGAGGAAGACAACGACGUUCAAGAGGAGUCAGGCAAAACCAACUCAGGUUCACUGCCUAUUGGGCUCCCUGAAACUGUCAGCAGGACAAAGCAACGCUCCCAUAAAUCCGUUCUAUUUCCUUGUCACCGGGCAAUGCUUCUGCGCUCGGAGUUCUUCCAAACCAUGUUCACGUCUCCCUUCCGUGAAGCUCAUAUGAAGGAUCACCUCAACAUUAUCAACGUCGACUGUUCUCCGGAUGUGCUCGAGAUCAUUCUCACGUUCCUCUACACGGAAAGAGCCGACUUUUCCCUCGAUAUUGCAGUCGAUGUUUUGUUCGCAGCCGACAUGCUCUUUAUCGAGAAACUCAAGACCAAAGCUGCCGUCGUUAUCAGCACGCUUGGUAGCGGUAACAUGUCGCAGGCAGAGGCGGCGAAGACGCGAGGUACGCAGGACGACGAUUUGGAUAUCUAUGCCAUUAUCCGCGCUGCGUGGAUGACCCGUGUCCAGCGGUUGGAAGAAUUCGCCGCCCGAUACCUGGCUUAUCGCUUGGAGGCACAUAUCGAUUCGCCCGAGUUUGCCGAACUGAUUCAAGAGUCUGCAUCUCGCAUUCAGAGCCGACAAGAAACCGACUCCAUCGAAUUGUUGGAUGACAUCCGGUUCUACCUGGGCGAGCGGUUCAGGCUGCGGUUCGAUGACGCUGGUAUCGAGGAAAUGAUGGAGGAGGAGCGCCAGCAACAACAGAACGGGGAUGCAAAUGGUAUUAACGAGAGUAUUGAGGUGGUUGCGGACAAAGUCGAAGCAAUCGAUCUUUCGAAAGGCUCGUCCGAUGGCAUUGAAGAGGCCAAAGCUAUGCCUGAGCAACACCUUCAGAAGACACAGGGCGAUGAUCGUAUCAUCCGGACUCUGAAUGGAGACAUCGCCGUCGAUGAGUUCGACAAGGAUGCAAUGAAUUACGAAAUUUUGAUGGAAAAACUCGACCGAAUUCUGGAGAACCUGAACUUGGAUGCUUAG